CCUGCCCCUGGUUCGCCGGUCGGCGGGCGGGCCCGCGGGGUGUCGCGGAGCUAUGGCGCAGCGGAGGGCGGCGGAGCGCGGGCCUUGCCAAGCGGCGGCGGCGGCAGCAGUAGCGGCGGCGGCGAGCGCCAAGCACCAGCGGCAGCUUCUAGAAGGAAAAGCUCAGGCAGAAGGUGGAUCAGCUCGGACAUCACUGCUUAUAUUAGUGUCCAUCUUCUCAUCGGCUGCUUUCCUUAUGUUCCUGGUAUAUAGAAAUUUCCCACAACUUAGUGAGGAAGAAAGAGAAUGCAUAAAGGUUCCUAGAGAUAUGGAUGAUGCAAAGGCCUUGGGAAAAGUCUUGUCCAAGUAUAAGGACACAUUUUAUGUUCAAGUGUUAGUGGCUUAUUUUGCCACGUAUGUUUUCUUGCAAACGUUUGCUAUUCCUGGGUCUAUAUUUCUCAGUAUCCUGUCAGGGUUUCUUUAUCCCUUUCCAUUGGCCUUAUUUCUUGUUUGUCUGUGUUCUGGACUUGGAGCUUCAUUUUGCUAUAUGCUUUCAUACCUAGUGGGACGUCCUGUUGUAUACAGAUAUCUAACAGAAAAAGCAGUAAAAUGGUCAGAACAGGUUGAACGACACAGAGAACACCUCAUUAACUACAUAAUAUUUUUGAGAAUAACACCUUUUCUUCCCAAUUGGUUUAUCAAUAUAACAUCUCCUGUAAUUAAUGUGCCAUUGAAAGUAUUUUUCAUUGGCACUUUUCUAGGUGUGGCACCACCAUCUUUUGUAGCCAUUAAGGCAGGAACAACGCUGUACCAACUUACAACAGCAGGGGAAGCUGUUUCCUGGAACUCUGUUUUUGUUCUCAUGAUUCUAGCCAUCCUCUCCGUCCUACCAGCUGUCUUCCAGAAGAAACUGAAACAGAAGUUUGAAUAAGGAUCAGACUGGACCAGAAUUUCCCAUACUUCAUCUCAGGAUCAGCACUUCUGAUAUUUGUAUAUUUGCUUUUCUAUUGGAUCUUAAGCAAUUAAAGAGGAGUCUUGUAAUUGAUAAGAAUGUCUUUAAAUGAACACAUGGCCCAGAAUUGAAGGAACUGUGUUCAGAAAUGUACUACAUAUAGUUUUGUAACCAAACCAUCAGUGUUUUACUUUGGGAGGGGGUGUAUGUGGCACUGAGGAUGAGGGAAGUGUAAAAACAGAUGUAACGUUUUGUUCUGAUUAUAUGCAGAGCGAAAAAUGUAAUGUAGACAUAAACUACAGAUAAUGCUUUCUAAAACUUGCAGGAAACCUUAACUAUUCAGUCCAGUUUUGUAAUAAUCUCUGUAGGCAUGCAUGUGAUCUGGUCUGAGUACAUUUCCUCAUCAACAAUAUUUCUGUUUUUUUUCCCUUUGGGAUUUCCAAAAUAAUAACAAUAUAAUAACGGUGCUCACUCAGAAACAAAGGGGGUUUUGCAGUACUUUAAUUACAAUGAUAUUCUCAUUCUGA